UCUGUACUCAAGGCAAUAUACCAGUUCCCCAACACACGACUGGAAUAGCAAACGGCGUGACAGAAGGCCCUAUCCCACGCGAGCAUGAGCAGCCAUCACUGAGUAUGGAAGGUGGAUCCUUCACUUCGUUCCCAAGAUUGUGCGCAGAACGCUACGAUGGCCCAAACAUAAUAAACGCAAAAGGCAGAAUACAAAGUUACACAAAAAUGAUCGUAUCACCCCAGAUCUUUCCCGCUAUUUCGUCUCUUCGUCCAUUCUGUUUGUUACUGGUCCUUGGAUUACGAUGCUCGCCAUACCAACCACACUUCUUCAUCGCACGGCCGGAGCUCAACAUGUUGGAAGCAACCGUACCACCCGCUCAACAUAGACCGCUCAAAUAA